CAGCAGGAAAGGACUUAGCACGGCGACAAACCCGGUGAAGAUGAUUUUCACUCAUCCGAUCUGUCUCAUACUUUUCGUCGCGAAGCCUUUCCUGCAUGAGUCAUUUGCAUAUAGUAUUUUCAUCGGUGUUAUUGAACACGACGAUCACAGACUGGAUGUUUGGGUGUUCGUUCACGAUAAUUGACUUUGCCUAUUCAGGGACAAUAUCAUCUCUGGUGGUAGGCAUGUUCACUGCCCAGGCUCGCAUUUACUGCCUAUGUCAAACUGCUACGAGAUCCUCACACACUCGUGCAGAUUUAGAACUUAUGCAUUGCACUGUUUAUAUUUGCCUGUAUCUUCACUUUCGUCGCACUGCGCAGACCGCGCGGUCCCCAGCCGGCUACAUACGGCCACCUCCAGACGCUCGCCAACCUCGUGGAUGAGUG